AUGAUUUAUUUAGAUUGGACAAACAUCACUAAUGCAGAUGCCAAUCUUGUGGAUGCUAAUGGAACAAUCAUUGAUACACGAAUGGUUCUUCCUAUGGUGCUUCAGUACUUAACCCCUGGUUGGGUGUCUUUUAUUGGUUUGGGAGCUAUCUCUGCUGCAGUGAUGUCGUCUGCCGAUUCAUCAGUUUUGUCAGCUAGUUCAAUGUUUGGGCAUAAUAUUUAUAAGACAAUCUUUAAGCCUAACGUGAGUGACAAGUAA